AAAGUCUUUCGGCAUCGCGUGAAUCGAGUGGAAAUAUUAAACUAGCUCCAUCACUCCAUCCAUUCAUCCAUUCUUCUAUCAUUCAAUCAGUCAUCAACCAAUCCAUCCAUCAAUCAACCCAUCAACCCAUCACACACCAUGGCUACUGCUGCCGUCCAAACCCCCACCAGCGCUCUCCCCGUCGAGCCCACCACCCUCUUCUACUACCUCGAGGUCAAGGAUGGAGGCAUCGUCCAAACAUAUCCUGGCACUGCCUUUGAGAAGCGAAGGAAGCACGUCCCGCAUGAGGUGAACAUCAAAGACCUGCGCCCCAUCCAGUCCGAGUUCACGCUGGAGAAGAAUGGCUUCGAGCUCGUCAAAUUCCCGUCCAAGGAGAAGGAGUUCCUCGACGAUGACAAGGUCGAGAAGGACUGGUAUCCCGAAGUCUCCGACUUUAUCAAGCAAAAGACCGGCGCAUCCCACGUGCACGUCGUCUCUCACAUGUGCCGCCGCCACACCUUCGCCCAAGCGCAGAACGAUGCGUCCGAGAAGCCCGACUCGGAGCCGGUGACGAAGAACAACCCGGCCAGAUUCGUCCACGUCGACCAGUCCUACCGCGGCGCCGAGCAAAUCCUCUACCUCAACCUGCCCGAGGAAGAGGCCGACCGGCGCACCAAGACGCGCUGGGGCAUCAUGAACAUCUGGAUGCCCAUCAACAACACCGUCAAGCGUGACCCUCUUGCCUUUUGCGACUACAAGUCCCUUGACGAGAGAGAUCUCCGCACCGUUGUUGCCAACCUCCCGCCCCCGGGUGCCGGACAGUACGGCAAUGUCUCCAAGAAUCUCUCCCACAAGCAACGUGGCGAAUACUCCUCGAACGGCGACUCUGCCGCCAGAUACGAGGUCGCAAAUCUCGCGCACAACCCCAACCAGCAGUGGUACUACGCCAGCGACAUGACUCCCGAGGAGGCAUGGCUCUUCAAGAUCUUCGACAGCAAGAAGGACGGCCGCGCGCGAUGCGCCGUGCACUCCUCCUUCCCUCUCAAGAGCCAAGACGAGAACUCUGGCCCCCCGAGGGAGAGCGUCGAAGUCCGUUGCUUUGUCUUCUGGGAUGAUGAUACCGUCGAAUGAGUAGACUAGCUCUUCGUGUGAUUGAUAUUGCUUGAUUAUCUUAGCCUGUACUCAAUUAAAAAUAGUCAUUCAAUCUACAGUGAGCUUCGGAACA